AUGAGCUUGAAAGAAGUAUUCGAACAACAUCCAUGGAGGUCAUUUAAGAAGUUCAAUGAAGCUGCAAAGAGUUGGGGAUUUACUAACAGAGCUGAAGUGAAAAGGUUCUUUGACAAAAAUGUUGUACAUCAAACAAAAAUAAACCCUUACGACUACUUUUUACCAAUUUACUCCAACGCUUCUGACACAUACCAAUUUGACACUCUCAUUCAAAGCAGAAAAGGAGGACAUAAACCAUUCCUCAUCUUCAUUAAUGUUAACACUCGUAAAGCAUAUGCAUAUCCAAUGAAAAAUAAAGGAACUCGUGAAGUGUUAAGAGUUUUACAAAAGUUUGUAGCAGAACAUAGCCCAAGUACUUUAACAUCAGACCAAGACAGUGCAUACCUCAGCAAUGAAAUCACAGAUUUUCUCAUUAAGCAUAACAUAACUCACUACACUACUGAAGACCAUAACCAUAACAUACUCGGCAUCAUAAACCGCUUCAUAAGAACGCUCAGAGAUUUAAACAAGAGCGAGACUUUACUGA